CGAAUGUCACAACUUACAUGUGAUGAUCUAGGCUUGCUCAUGAAUGCCUAGAUCAUAAAAGCCCAUUAUAACCCAAGUAAACAUAAAGCCCAUAAAAGCCCAUUAUAAGUAAAAUCUGCAAAUGCCUUGGCUCCACUCUAAAACCCUUUCAUUUUCGAUUUUGGUAUCGCUUCCUCUUCCUGGUCGCCUUGAAAAUAUCAGUGAGGGAACGAUGAAGGUGAAAUCAUCUGUGAAGAAGAGGUGUGAGUCUUGUCAGACAGUGAAACGCCGUGGAAUUAUAUAUGUCAUAUGUUCAUCCAACCCUAAGCACAAGCAAAGGCAGGGGUACUGCUCCAUCGCUCAUGAAGGAACAAUACCAACUCCCUUGUUUUCUGAGUCGGUUUCUAAUCAGGAAGUGGUGAAGCUGCCUAGUCUGAGAGUAUCUGCCAGUAUGGCGCCUCUUUUACACAAGAGGCCUGAGCCAACAACGAUUUUCGGGUGGGGGGCAGGUUUUGCAUCCAUACUCUUCAAACAAGGGACUCAUUGUAGGCUCUUCUAGACCGCGCCUUGAAUGACCUGAACAACGAGAUAUAUGACAAGCUUGAGUGUUUUUCUUGCAGUUUUUUCUUUGAAACAUAUGUUACUUCAGCAAUUUAAUAAAUUACUUUCUUUGUUUUUGCAAAUUAAUUUUUCCCUAUGUUUAUCUUUCGAAUUUAUAAGGGUAUAAAACUGUUUAACUUUUUGUAUAGAAAAUACAGAAUGUUUAUUA